AUGACUAAGAACACCAAGGACAAAAAAAAUCUAAAGAAGACAAAAAAGGGUAUUGAAAAAAAAUCCUCAAAGAGCAAUGAACUCAAGCCUGUUGGCCCUGUAGAUGGUGAUUCCACCAAGUGCAUUAUGGAGGCCGUUGACGUUUCUACAAAAGGCGUCCGCUCCAAAAUCAUUUUUAGCAACUUUUCUGGCACACAGGAGGAAUUUAGAGGACUGAUUGAUAACCACAAAUCGCAGCUGGGUAAAUAUAGAAAGUGUUUUCUUAAAAAUGAUGGAAAAGGUGUUUUAAUAGCAAAACAUGAUAUUGCAAUGAGCUAUAUGUCAUACUUCAAUGGAUACGAAUUUAAAGGUGCCCAAUUAAAGGUAUCCAUAAGUAAAGGUAGACAAAAGGCUGACGUUUACAAAUCUCUCCGUGUAUCUGGGAUUCCAGAUAAAUAUACAGAAUCAGAUGUUCGUACCGGAAUUGACAGAAGAUUGAACCUGAGUUAUAAGUCUCUGGAAAAGAAGGACGGUAUUUGGAAUGUAGAAUUUUGGAACAUACCAGACUGUAUAAAGGCAAAUUCAAUUUUAAAUGGUGCUAAAAUACCUUUUACACACGAUAAAAAAGAGAAACUCAUCAAGGUAAAGUGCGAAAUUACCCACUUUGGAGAUAAAUCAAAACAUUCCGGUAGGGUAUUUGUCCGUAAUUUGCCGUUUGAUGCAACGCAAGCUGAACUUGAAAAAUUCUUUGUUUCCGUGGAUCCAAAAGCCAAGAUACACAUUCCCAAAGGAUCAAAGAAGGGAUUCGCAUUUGUCCAAUUUUCUAGUUUGGCCUCUUCACAAAAAGUAAUCGAUAAGUUAAACGGUACUAUGUUUAAUAAUAGGCGAAUACAGCUAACACUCUCACUUCCUAGGGAUAUUUAUUCCACCAAGCCAAAAAAUUCUGCAGAUGAAGAUAAAACUUUAUCUGCACAAGAACCCAGUGAUGCAGAGGUAAAUGACGAUGGAGAAGAAGAGGAGGGGGAGGAAGAAGAAAAGGUAGAAUAUAUAGACGAGGAUUCGGAUUCUAGCCAGGAGGAUGAUGAAGGAGAAGACGAUUCUGAUCCUAAGCUACGCACUAUAUUCGUCAGAAAUUUAAGCUACGAAGCUACAGAGGAGGAAUUGCAAGAGUAUUUUUCGAAAUAUGGAUCCAUAGAAUCUUGCAAAAUAUGUAAAGAUGACAAGGGAGCAAAUCGUGGCACUGCAUUCAUACUAUUUUCUAGCAAAAAGGACGCUGAUGAAGUAUUGAACAUGGAGGAACUCGCCCUUGAACGUGAUAACGAAUUUUCUGUAGAAACAAAAGACAAGAAAGUAAAACAUAAGUUGGUAGCUGGGCUUGGAUUUUCUCUACGUGGAAGAAGACUAAGGUUGUCUCUUGCAGUCAGUAGGGAUGAGGCAUCUUUAAUUGUAAAAAAUCGCAAGGAAGACAAGGAAAAUAAGGCAAAUGAAAAAAAGAACAAGCACUUAUUGAUGAUGGGCGUUUUAGAUGAACAUUCUGGAGAAUUUAAGCAAUUGAAUGAUAAGGAACAAAAGCUGCACCGUUCGUGUUUGAAGGAAAAGCUUGAAAAAAUGAAGAAUCCUAAUAUGUUUAUCAACCCUAAAAGACUUUGUAUACGUAAUCUACCUCCAACUGUCACCGCAAACGAGUUGAGAACUGCUAUUGCAUCACACUUUAAAAAAACAAAAAGCGAAGACGAAGAUAUUGAAAAGGCAAAAAAACAUCCAAAUAGGGGUAUUCUAAAGAUAACCUUGUUAUCUGAUGAAUCUCGAAAGGUUAAGGUUGGAGACAUGAAAAUGAAACGCAGGAAACCAUUUGCCUUUGUGGAGUUCAUAAAUCAUGAACUUGCAAUGGAGGCAUUGAAAUUUUUGGCCAACAACUCUACCCUUUUCAAGAGGUUGAUACUUGCAGAGUUUGCAAUUGAAGAUAGUAGAGCGAUAUACAUACAGAACAAGAGGAAGGAACAAUAUAUGAAGAAACUCAAUAAAACUGAACAAGCAUCUUCUAAGAGAAAAAACAGAACCUACAGCCGAGGUCAGCGACAGCGUAUGAAACGCAGAAAACUCAAACAAGAAUCUACAACAUAA